CUAUAAAACCUGCGCUGGUGGCGCCGGCGUGAGCGGCCAGCGCCAGACCUGGGGGAAAGCUAGCGGUGCCAAUCUCCAGCGAAGAAAGUCUCGUUGCCUUUUUUUUUUUUUUUGCAAAAGCGAGAGAGAAAAGCCUAAGCAUGUACCGUGUGCAGAGCAUGAGCCUCUUUCUGCAAAAGCGGCACCUCUGCCUGGCCUUCUGGCUUCUCCAUCUCCUGGGUCAGGUCGCUGCGAUUCAGCGCUGCCCUUCCCCGUGCCCAGGCCAAUGCCCCACCACGCCACCGACCUGUGCCCCUGGCGUGCGCGCGGUGCUGGACGGCUGCUCCUGUUGUCUGGUGUGCGCCAGCCAGAGGGGCGAGAGCUGCUCAGAACUGGAGCCCUGCGACGAGAGCAGUGGCCUCUAUUGCGACCGCAGCGCGGACCCCAGCAAUCGGACUGGCAUCUGCAUGGCCGUAGAAGGAGACAACUGUGUGUUCGAUGGGGUCAUUUACCGCAGUGGAGAGAAAUUCCAGCCAAGCUGCAAAUUUCAGUGCACCUGCAGAGAUGGGCAAAUUGGUUGUGUGCCCCGCUGUCAACUGGACGUACUACUGCCUGAGCCUAACUGCCCGACUCCAAGAAAAGUUGAGGUGCCAGGAGAAUGCUGUGAAAAGUGGAUUUGUGGCCCAGAUGAGACAGAAACUUUGGGAGGCCUGACUCUUGCAGCCUACAGGCCAGAAGCCACCCUAGGAGUUGAAGUCUCUGACUCAAGUAUCAACUGCAUUGAACAGACCACAGAGUGGAGUUCAUGUUCCAAGAGCUGUGGCAUGGGUUUUUCCACCCGGGUCACCAACAGGAAUCGUCAGUGCGAGAUGGUGAAGCAGACUCGGCUCUGCAUGGUGCGUCCCUGUGACCAAGAGCCUGAGGAUCUUACGGAGAAGAAAGGAAAAAAAUGUCUCCGCACCAAGAAAUCCCUCAAUGCCAUCCACCUGCAGUUCAAGAAUUGCACCAGCCUGCACACCUAUAAGCCCAGGUUCUGUGGGGUCUGCAGCGAUGGCCGGUGCUGCACACCCCACAAUACCAAAACCAUCCAGGUGGAGUUCCAGUGCUCCCCAGGGCAAAUGGUCAAGAAACCGGUGAUGGUCAUUGGAACCUGCACCUGUCACACCAAUUGCCCUAAAAACAAUGAGGCCUUCCUCCAGGAGCUAGAGCUGAAGACUAGCAGUGGGAAUGUGUAACCUCUCUCUCCAGAAACACCACGACAGAGGCCAACUGCAGCUGCUGCAUGACCCACCAUCAAAUGAGCAUCAGAGAAAUCAUGAGGAACUUCAUCCUUAAGUCCUAUGUCUUUUCUAUGACCAUAUGAGGACAUUUCUAUCUCCCUUCUUUUUUAAAGAAAGAUAUGAUUAACUGUAAACUUGGAAUCAAGGUAAGCCCAGGAUCUGGCAUAAGGAUGACUAACUUUCCUGUGGUUUUAUGACACAUGCAAAUUUCUAUAAAUUUAAGAAAGCAGAUAUGUGACUUCAUUUGUGGACUGUAUCACAUUGCAUUCAUCUUAUUUUGUUGUGCACUAGUGAGAUUCCAAGGAAGUGUCACUGUAACGACACAGGGAAGUCUAGCUUCAUAUUGAACGUGUUGUUGUAAAAAUAUUUCACCAAACAUCAAGGUUUGACUGGAGGAUUCUCUCUUUGGGCAGAUCAACUCUGAGCUUCUAAGCCCAAGACCCAAGGAAACAUACAGCUCUUCAACGUAAAGUCCAGGGACUUAAUUUUCUCUUUAGUUGUACACUAAGGAAGAUAUCAUAUCUACAGCAAUGAAAUGUUUGUUAAGUAGACUUGUGUCAUAAGCAUUCUCCACUUCAGACAAAUUAACUCCCUUCCAAGAGAAAGAAGCUAAGCAGAAAUCUCCCAGUACAGAGACGAAUGGGCCCUCACAGCCCUCAUACGUUUGUAAUCCUGGAAGCUACUGAGGCCCACUAGUUAGUUUUUAAUUCAGCAGAAGCAGGGUAUAUCAGCAGGGAUCUGCUCAUCAGUAAGAUGAGAGGUUGCUCACAACCUCUGAUUUUCGAAUGUGUUUUGCAUGGAUUUUGAAAAAGAAAAAUAAAGUUAACAUGAAUGGUGGUAAGAGACCACAAAUUUUAUGGGAGUUUAGAAUUAUUGUAGAUAUGCCCAAAAUGUAUCCUAGGCCCAUAAUUAUGAAAAUGCACCGUCAAGACAUUUGUGUAUCUGUACAUGUAUGUAAUUUGUCAGGCUACAAAGUAGGCUGCAAUAUUCAAUUUAUACAUUCUUCUAAUCUUACCGUCUGUGUUCCACUUUUCUCCUUUAAAAUAUUUAUGAAAAUAUAAAUUGUACAUUUUGUAAAAUAUUUUUAAUUUCUUGUCAGACAUCACUAAAUAAACAAUUUUAUCGCUG